AUGGCAGACUAUCACGAUAUUUCAGCACCAACAACGAACUCUAACACUCAUCUGAAUAAAUCAUUCGGCUCCCGGUUGUUAUCCUACUGUCCUCGAUUGAUCUCACCGAUAUCAUGGUGGCAUUGUUUUACACUUCUGUAUGGUUUGUCAACACGCAAAGAACGAUCAUUUAAAUAUGCUCUUCUUCAUCUUUUUCUCUUAAUCUUGGUUGGAGUCUGGUGCUUUUUGUAUUGGAUGAUUACUGACGAUGCAGGAAGGUAUUUAACAUUACUUACAAGUGUUUCAGGAAAUAAAACAGAUAUUAUACAUGGCCGUCAUCAAUUCGAUCAAAUAUUUUGGCGAACGGCAGUGAAAACAAUAUGGAUAUCGAUUACUUUCGGUUUAAUAAAUGCGUGUGGAGUGAGCUUAGCAGCUGUUUGGAGACGACGACUAUGCAAAGAAUUCUAUAAUAUCAUUUUUCGUUCACCAAAUGGUUGUAUUCUUUACGAAACUUCUCAACAAGCAGCAUAUGAUCUACCAACACAAUUAACUAAUGACAUUCGUCAGUUUACAUCUCAUUUGAGCAUAACAUUUUUCGGUUCAUUGUUCUUCUCUGGUUUUCUUGCUGUUAGCACCGCUGUUAUAGUUUUUAGUGUUUACAUUGUGAAGAAGACCAAUGGCGAUAAAAAUGGAAUUGCCAUAUGCUUUGGUAGCUUCAUCUUCUCUGUGAUACUGUUAAUUUUAGUCAGCUAUCGAUUUAAUCGAACAGCUGUUGAACAACUGAAAAGCAAAGGAAAAGUCCGGUCAUUUUUACAACGCUUGCAGACCAAUGCUGAAUGCAUCGCAUUUUUUGCAAGUUCACGAUUUUGUGAAUUAGUCUCCUAUCUGAAACUCAAUGAUCUGGUGCACAAAUGGAAUGUUCAAGCAGCUUUGUGGUAUGCUGCCGUUAACAUUCCACUCAUUCUUAUGGACUCAUUGGGCGGUUUUAUAACGUACAUUUUACCAGCGAUUCUCUUUUUCUUUCUUCGUAAUGCACAACAACAAACACCCGAAGAUGCAACAAAAUAUCUCAGUAUCAUUGCUUUCUACGGUUACGUGUUUUGGCUGUUGAGUUCAUUGAUGUGGAUUAGCGAAUCAUGUCUAAUUGCAAUUACAUUAGGAGAUCGUCUUUGGCAUCUUAAACAACGAUUACUGCGUUUACAAACCUUUCAUUUAGAACGUAUUGAACAAGACCAAACGAAUCAAAUUACAUUUGAGUCGACCGAUUUAAUCGAGGUGAGAAAAUUAACUAUUGUGGCUCCCGAUGAACACGAACAACGAAUUCUGCAGUCGAAUAUCAACUUAUAUGCACGACGCGGUGAAUGUGUGCUAGUCAAUGGACCGACUGGCUGUGGCAAAACAAGUCUUUUUCGUAUCUGUGCAGGUUUAUGGCCAAUCGAUGCUGAAAUCAUUCGAUUACCAGCACGACAACAAACCAUUUAUAUUCCUCAACGGCCUUACCUACCCGUCGGUUCGCUACGGUUUCAAGCGUUGUUCUUACUUGACAUACGAUCGAAAAAAAAUGAAAGUGUCAACAUCGAUCAUGAACAAAUACGGAAUUUAUUUCAAUUAGUCAAUAUGGACUAUAUACUCGAUCGAUACGACUUCGAUGCUAUUGUCGACUGGUCAACUCAUCUUUCGAUUGGCGAACAACAACGUCUGGCAUUUAUUCGUCUGUUCGCAUUAUUCAAAUAUCGUCCUGAAGAAACUUCACAUACAUUAGUAAUGUUCGAUGAAAGCACAUCAGCACUCGAUACGAAAACUGAAGCGGUUAUCUACCAGAUUUUGCAAGAUUUACGCGUUUGGUUUGUUACUAUAUCACAUCGUCCUUCAUUAAUCAAAUAUCACCAUAAAGAAUUAACACUUCAACUUCCGAGUGGAAAUCAAGACGAGAAUUUUUUCAGUUUAAAUAUUGGCCCGGAAGAGUUGAUCGAUAGAGCAAAUAAUCAAAGUGUGGUAUUAGAAAAUCUAAAUGAAACCGUCGUACCGGAGACACAACUAUUCAAUGUCAUGCGAAGCAACUCAUCGCCGGGCUACACUGCAUUGAAAAAGUCCAAUAACUUCGUGAAAGAUAUUCGAGAUAUUUGGAAAGUCAUACAUGUAUCUUUCGGUGAGGAUGGUAAAUUACUUCGAAUUCAGACCUAUACGGCAUGGUGUAUUUGUUUAGCUGUUAUCGGUUGUUACACUUACAUCUCUUAUCGUCUGACGGUUCAAACAGGCGCAAUAUUUCGAGUACUUCCUGACUAUGCCGCAUCCAAAAUCGACAUCCAAGAAGGUCGUUCUCGAAUAGCUCGUCUAGUAUGGCAAUUGCUAUUGCAUAUAUUCGGCUUAUCAGCACUCUACAGCAUACAAUUAUGUAUUGGACAAUAUUUAGCUGCACUCUACACUCGUCGGCAAUCUCGAUACAUAGCGCGACUUCUACUCGAUGAUGACGAGAAUCAUUCGACAUUAUACCAUACUUCAACUUUGAAAUCAUUACCUAAUAUCAUAUCGCAUGAAUUAGCCGACUUGAAUGUUCAACUGUUCUUUUUAUUAGUCGGCUCAAUGUAUUACAAUGGAUUAAUUGGUGUUCUGGUGAAGUGUAUUCCUUAUACACUGUUGCUUGUUCAGCAGAGUAGUAGCACAAAAGGUGUACUGAUCGUCUAUUGUUACCAAAUAUUUAUUUCACUACUGAUCAUGGUCGCUGUUCAACCAUAUUUUCGUGCGAAUGUAUUAUUUGAAAACAGUUUUGCUUUGUUUACCAACGCGCAGAAACGAAUCGAUUUACAAGCUGAACAAAUUGCUUUGAGUGAUCGCGGUGUGAUGGACAUCGAACAUAAACAAUUGAGAUCGAAACUCAAUGAGAGCAUCCGUGCCCAACAACGUUCAGGCUUUUUCUAUGGCUUAUUAGUUGCCUGUAGUGUCCUAGGUAAUUGGUCAAAUACUAUUAUCAACUACGGCAUUCCAUCGAUGAUAUAUUUUCAUUGGUCACCGAAUGCAACAACAGCUGAAGCAGCGUCUAUUAUUGCACUGACUGUCUAUACAGGGUAUCUACAAGGAAAUCUUGCUGUGUUCAAUUCACACGGACAGCCAUUCUCGCAAGUAUUGGCGGCGGGAAGAAGAAUUGCUCAGAAUCUAGAACAAAUGGUACGACUCCGUGAGUCACAUUACCAAGCCCGUUUAUCCGAAAUGCUAUGUAACAGACGAAUUGAAAUCAAAUCUAACAAUACUAAUCAACAGGCACUGCUCAGCUUAAACAAUGUCAAUGUUUGCCUUCCAACAGAUCCUUUGUCUAUUCUUAUUCGGGGACUAUCCUUCGCACUGAACUCAUCUUCGUCAUUAGUUAUUACUGGUCCAUCCGGUUGUGGCAAAUCAUCUCUUUUACGUUUACUUGCUGGUCUUCAGUAUAAUAUCACCGAUAAUUCAUCGAUCUAUAUCCCUUCACAUUCAGCAAUCAUCUUUAUUCCACAGCAAAUUCAUUUGAUUGAGGGCACCUUGCGAGAACAACUGAACUAUUUCCGACAGGCGAAAAACAUGUCAACAUAUACGAAUGAUUAUCAACUGAAAGAACUAUUAACUAGAUUUAAUUUAAUACAUCUAGUUGAUCGAUAUUCAUUAGAUUUAUCAACUCAAUUAUGGUCGCGAACAUUAUCACUAGGCGAACAACAGCGUUUGAUUAUCGUCGUUGCACUUGUUGCACUGUUAAAAUCGAACGAUGGAACCUAUGUGAAUGAAUCAUCAAUAAAAUAUUUCAUUCUCGAUGAAACAACAGCCGGAUGCGAUGAAACUACAGAGAAAGUAAUUUAUGAACAUCUGCAAACCAAUCACAUUCGAUACAUAUCAAUAUCACAUCGCCAUCAAUUAUUGAAAUAUCACACACAUCAAUUGAUCAUCGAUCCUAAAAAUCAAUCUUAUCAGUUUCUAGAAAUGUCGUAG